CCGUUGCCCCGGGCAACCGCGGGACGCCGGGCGGCGCGGCGGGGGGCGGGGGCGCGGCUUGCGCCGCCACCGGGUCGGUCCCGGGGGCGCGAGCGGACGCGAGGAGGGGCGAGCUGCCGGAGGCCGGAAUGGAGCCCGGCGAAAGGAGGAGGCUCUCAUCCCCCUCCCUGGAAGGAGACCUGAGAGAAGAAAAUAAAUUAAAACAAGGAAUUUCCCAAGACUUGACAUCUUCCCCUAAAUCAGACAGAUACAAAAUAGCAAGACAAUUAACAGAAAAGGCCAUCAAGGAAAAGAAGAUUUUCUCCAUCUAUGGGCACUACCCAGUGAUACGGGCCGCCCUCCGAAGAAAGGGCUGGGUGGAGAAGAAGUUCCACUUUCUGCCCAAGGUCCUCCUGAAUGUGGACGAUGACGGUGUGGGGGUGACAGAACAGAAACGUGCGGAAGGCAGAGAAAACCAAGAAGCGGCUCCGGAGAAGACAGAUGACAUCCACGAUGUGAUGUCCAGGUUGGUCAAAAACGAAAUGCCGUACUUCCUCUGGACCAUCAAAAGGGAUGUCGUUGACUAUCACAGCUUGAACUGUGACCAGAUGCUGAAUCACUAUGGGAAGACGGCUUCCUUCACCACCAAGAUCGGGCUGUGUGUGAGCAUGCGGAACCUACCGUGGUACGUCCAGGCCGACCCUGACUCCUUCUUCCCACGUUGCUACGGCCUCUGCACCGAGAACGAGAAGCAAGAAUUCCUGGAUGACUUCCGGCGGACGGUGGCCUCCAGCACCCUCAAGUGGGUGGUCAGACAUCACAAGUGCGGCAGCAGCGGGGAGGCCGGCGACCGCGGCCCCGGCAGCAAGAAAGUUCCCGAGAAUGCGGAAUCCAAGCCCAUGGGCCUCUCGGGGGAGCUCGUGGACACCGCAUGCAAGGUGUGCCAGGCCUACCUGGGUCAGCUGGAGCACGAGGACAUCGACAUCUCCAAGGACGCCGCCCAGGACCUCACGGAGGACGAGUGGAAGGACCUGACACAGCAAUACUACUCCCUCGUUGACGGUGGUGCUUUCAUCUCCAAUUCGAGAAAUCACUUUUCGCAGUGCCAGGCCCUGCUGAACAAAAUCACGUCUGUGAACCCUCAGACGGAGAUCGACGGGCUUCGGAACAUCUGGAUCAUCAAGCCCGCAGCCAAGUCCCGCGGCCGAGACAUAGUGUGCAUGAACCGAGUGGAAGACAUCUUGCAGCUGGUGACCACAGACCACCCGUCUGCCAAGGAUAACAAGUGGGUGGUGCAGAAGUACAUCGAGACGCCGCUGCUCAUCUACGACACCAAGUUUGACAUCAGGCAGUGGUUCCUGGUCACCGACUGGAACCCCCUGACCAUCUGGUUCUACAAGGAAAGCUACCUGCGGUUUUCAACACAGCGCUUCUCCCUGGACAACCUGGACAGCGCCGUCCAUCUGUGCAACAACUCCAUCCAGAAGCACCUGAAGAACGACGAGGAACGCAGCCCCCUGCUGCCCUACCACAACAUGUGGACCAGCACCAGGUUCCAGGAGUACCUGCAGAAGAGGGGCCGCGGGGCCGUGUGGGCCAGCGUCAUCUACCCGGCCAUGAAGCGGGCCGUGCAGGACCACGUGGAGCCACGCAAGAACAGCUUCGAGCUGUACGGGGCCGACUUCAUCCUGGGCCGCGACUUCCAGCCCUGGCUGAUCGAGAUCAACUCCAGCCCCACCAUGCACGCGUCCACGCCCGUCACGGCACAGCUGUGCGCCCAGGUGCAGGAGGACACCAUCAAGGUGGUGGUGGGUCGCAAGGUUGACCGCAACUGCGACGUCGGCAACUUUGAGUUGCUGUGGAGACAGCCUGCUGUGGAGCCUCCGCCCUUCCACGGGUCCGACCUGUGUGUGGAAGGCGUUGGUGUGCGCAGAGCCAGGAAGCAGAUGCCGCCCAUUUCCAGCGCUAACUGUCCAUCCGCGCUCCUGGACCCUCAGCCGCUGAAGGUGCGGUCCCCCUCGGCCGUGCCAGGCCUGGCUCCGGGCCGCCCCCCGACGGCUGUGCGCGGGGACUUGAGGCCGGACGACGCACAGGCGCUCGCUUGCACCCUGCCCGCGCCCCUCAAGAGGCCGGCCGAGAGACGCUGCGAGGCGCAGUCCGCCAGGAAGUCAGCGGUCCCCACUCGUGACUUUCAACUCGCGGACGGUCAGGCCCCGAAAAUCCGCCUCCCCAAAGCCGAGUCCGACAGACGCUCGGGGGCCGACACGGUAAGCGCGCGGGCUCGGCCGGCCGUGCUCCCGAGCGUGAAGACACCGGAGGGCGCCCUGUUCCAGCCGCUCACGCCACCAGGGAAUAUUCUUAGCAGCUUCUGCCGGCAGUCCCCUUCGUCCAUGUCCAGGUCCAUCCUGGAGGCCCUGACGCUCUCCACUGCCAUGAGGUGUGCCCCCCACGACGGUUGCUCCCUGCUCCUGCGUGUGCAGGCCUCCCUCACGCUGCACGAGAGCCUGCGGGGCCUGGAGGCCUGCUCCAUGAGCCUCGACACCCAGGAGACCCAGUGUCAGAGCGUGCGGGUCUCAAGGGCCUCCCGCCGACUACAUGUGGGGCAGCAGCUCCAGGUGCACUUUGAAUGCUUCGAAGUAAGCGUGGCCCAGAGCCUCUACGUCACCCUGAGGACAGUGCCCCACUUCUGUGGGGUCCGGCUGGACCAACAAUACCACGUGGAAGACUGCAGAGACCAAGACGUGGGGAGGAACCUGCCCUUCUGCUUUGCCGGGAAGUUCUCCUACUGGGUAGACCGCGGCCGCAAGGUCAUUCUGGUACAGGUGCCCGAGGCUCUCGCGGACUCCGACUACUACGUGCGGCUCUGCCUCAAGUGGUUCACCUGUGAGGACGUGGGUGCCCCAGUGCGGGUGACGGUGAACAGGGUCUCCCGCGCCGUCUCUCUGCCCUACAGCCGAGAGCUGCCGUGCCUGUGCCUUGAGGGCUGGUCUGCGACCCCUGACGCAGUGCGGAUGCAGGCCUGUCCCUUCGAAAAUGACACAGAGGCACUGUGGGAUGCCAUCCACUACCACCCCGGAAGCCAGGCACUGAGCUGGGAGCCUGCCUGUCCCGUGAGCGGCCACGUGAGCCUGUGCUGGCGCCCGGAGCCAGGGGCCCUCUGCCACGAGCUGGAGCGCUCCGGCCGGUCGGCUCGGGGCAGGGUGCAGUACCCGCUGGUGGACACACAGCCCCAGCUCUGCCUGAAGUUCUCCACCAGCCGGGGCUUCUGGGUGAGGUGCCCUUUCGAACGACUAGGCUUGCCAGCCUGGAAGAUGACUGUCCGGCCAGCCGCGUCUCAGGGCCACCUCCGAGUCACCUUCUUCUCGCCCAGCGCUGCCAGCUUCAAGGUGCACCUGUGUCACCAAAGGAAGAUGUGGCCCCCUGCCUGCCACCCAGCGAUCCAGGCCACGCCUCUCCCUCCAGCCUCAGGUGGCUUCAUGGCUGACUCCGCGGUUGCCUUCGUGGACAUCCCCAGGGACGAGGCUUGUGCCCCCAGCACCUGCAUCCAGGGCUGGAGGACCGAUGUGCACUUCUCCACCCCCCAGCAGCUGUGUGAUCUUCAAUGCACCCCCAGAGGAGCUUUUCAGUCAAGUCUGGGCCCCCAUUCCUCAGCCAAGAUCCCCUCCAGCAGAUCACAGGCCAAAGGGGCGACGGUCACCCCUGAGGGCCCGUAUCUGGGGCGGGGCUCCACCGCCUGCCAGCCAGGUGACCUGGGAGCUGACCCCAGCCACUGCCAGAACCUCCAUGCCACACCGGCUGCCACCCAGGGGACAGCGGACUGAGGCCAGGAGCCUCACGGAGCACAAGCAGGUGCCCUGGCUGAAUGCUGGGGUGCAGAGGGCUCACAUCUGGGGCUCCGAGCCUCUGGCAGCAAAAGCCAGGCCUCAGAACUUAGAGGUGGCUCGCCUGCACACGGGCUGUGGGGCCGGCCACCUUGCGUCUCCCCAGCCGCGCACAGCUCCCUGGGGGCCCUCAAGCUGGGCGGGGAGCUUUGGGUCAGAUGAAGGGCCCUCAGCCCCUCCCUGAACCCCCUGCUGAAGGCCACGGAAUGGCUGGGUGGGCUGCCCUCUCUCCUGGAUGGCCUGGCCUCCGACCUGUCCCGUCUCAGCUUGGUGCAGGCUCCCUCCGGACCACCCGGGGUCACGGCCACCAUCCCUGGCCCCUGCCUGAGCGCUGGAAAGCAGAGUGCGACCCCACACUUGCUACGGCUGACCAGGCUCCGUUGGCCCAGGACCACCCCCAGCCCCUGCCCAGAGCGCUCCCAUACUGACUGUCCACAUGCUAGCAGGGCGGCCCCCCACUGCCCAGGCGGGGCCUCCGCCCGGCCCCCUGCACCGACCCUCCCAGAGCUCAGGUCACCUUGCACAGCCAGUCGGGCCAAGGCUGGCCACUUCCUGUGGCCUCAGGAGCCACCCGCAGGGAUGUGCCCUUCUCAGAAGUGUCAUUAAGGGCCACUGUGUGCCAUCUGUGCUCAAGGACCACAGAGGGACCCUUGGCCCUGCAGCGUGAUUUCCACACCCAGGCCAGGGGUCGCCCAGCGGCCGGCCCGGCAGAUGUGCCCCCACAGAACUGUCCUGCUUGCUCACAGGCACUGCCAGGCUGUCCCUCCUGCAUCUGGAGUCCCCGCUCGUGUCCACGUGACCACAGUGGCCCCCCACCAGGCACCCGGGGCCUGGCCCCCUUCCCGCCCUGCAGGGGGUGGGGGGGGGGGUGGCUACAGCAGACCAGGAGUGGGCAAAACCAGUAAACACUUG